GGCAAAGGUCGAAAGGCUUGCCAAUAUUAAGCUAAGCUACAACACUCAACAACGGGGCAUGAUUUACGCAGCCAAAGUACCAUCCAUUGCGCCUCACAGCUACACCUAGCCAUAUCAUUCUUGCUUUUGCUGCUACUUCUUGAGCCCAUUCAGUUCCACCCGAGCGGAGGAGAAGGAGGUAGAGAGCAUCCAACAGGGCUUCCGAGCGUCGUCGUCUUCACACAAUCGUCUUGACGAAAAGCGAGCGAGGAAACCAGCCCGAUGCCCGACCAGCCAACACACAAAAGGCGCGUGUGACGUAGAACGCGCGUGCUGGACGCGGAUUUCCCUCCACCUUCGCCGCCUUCGGUUUCAUGGUAAAACUCGGUUUCAUGACAACAGCGCCCGCAGCAGCGCACCCCACGUUAGUCGACGGUCACUAGCCAAUGCGCGCGGUAGUGUUGACUUGCGUCGUCCGUGUCAUUAUCACACGCACCAGCCAGCAGCUUCCAGCCAGUGAACUUGUGGCAGGCCCGAGAGCCGUGUUUUCGCCGAUCGCUCAUUCAAGGCUCUGCUGAUAACGUGAGAUUCGAAUAUUUUGAUCAUCUAUAACAUCACCGCAAUCGUUGCGCUUGUAACAACGGGUUGUGCACGGUUGUGAUUGAACAGCACAGGAGCAAUCGCGAGCAUCACGCACCGUAUCCCGACCGCAGCAACGGUUGAGACGGAUAGACGGGCAGGGUUGCUCGAACGUGCGUGAGAUCUGGUGUCUGGGUUGCAUUUGUACCGGUAACGUGUAGCCGGUGCGAUGGCUGAAGCACAUUCAGCUGUUGCAUUCUCGUUCUCAAUCACCCACGAGGGAUGGGACAUCAAUUACGAUCGUGAGGUCCUGGAUCUCGUCUGGCAGUCUGGUGUCCGAUCGUGGAAGAAACGAUUGGCUCGAUUCCGGACUGGAGUACGCAACGGCGUGUAUCCGGCCCAUCUACAAAGCCUGUGGCUGGUGAUAGCGAUAGCGGUGGGAUUACAUUUUACAAAACGACACGUUCCGUUCGAUCUGGUCAACAAAUGGCUAUCCGUUUUACCGGGCGACACACUGCAAUGGCAGUUGACGGCCUGUUCAUUAGCCGGACUGGUCGUUUGGCUCUCAAUUUGCUACACAAUGCGUUACUCGCUGAAACUGCUGCUUAUGUACAAAGGCUGGAUGUAUGAAAAACGGGCACCGGGCAGCAGAGUGUCCUUGCAGACAAGACUAUGGGGACUGUUCGUGAAAAUAUUGGCCACCUGGAACAAGCCGGGACUGUACAGCUUCCAAGGAUCGCUCCCGAGGCUACCGUUGCCAAGCGUGCAGGAUACGAUGAGCCGCUACCUUCGCUCCGUCCGCCCACUGCUGGACGACAGCAACUACAACCGUAUGGAACGGCUGGCGAAGGAGUUCCAGCUGGGCAUCUCGACCAAACUGCAGCGCUACCUGUUCCUCAAGAGCUGGUGGUCCACCAACUACGUGUCCGAUUGGUGGGAGGAGUACGUGUAUCUGCGCGGCCGUGGAGCGCUCAUGGUUAACAGCAACUUUUACGGCAUCGAUGCGAUCUUCAUGCAUCCGACCAAGGUGCAGAGCGCGCGGGCCGCCAGCGUCGUCAACCUGUUGCUACAGUUCCGCCGUACCGUCGAGCGGCAGGAGCUCGAACCGAUUCUAGUGCAAGGUUUGGUGCCGCUGUGUUCGUGGCAGUAUGAGCGUAUCUUCAACACCGUGCGUGCCCCCGGUGUGGAGUCUGAUAAGAUCAUUCACUAUCAAGACUCAAACCACAUUGUCGUGCUGUACCGCGGUUGCUACUACAAAGUUAUCAUCUACCACAACGGACGAAUUUUGCGCCCGUGUGAGCUGCAAAUUCAGAUCGACCACAUUUUGCAACAGGGCGCGGAAAAGCCGCAGCCGGGCGAAGAGCUGCUGGCUUCGCUGACUGCCGGCGAUCGGACCAAGUGGGCGCAGGUGCGCCAAACGGUGUUCGCCAAGGGAGUGAACCGCACGUCGCUGCAUACCGUGGAAAGUGCUGCGUUCGUGCUGUCGCUCGACGAAAAACCGUUCGAGUUCGAUUUGGCUCAUCCGGAAAAGUUGGACCAGUUUGGGCGCUACCUGCUGCACGGCAAUGGCCACGAUCGCUGGUUCGACAAGAGCUUUACCGUGUGUGUUGGUAGCAAUGGCAGGAUCGGAUUCAACGCGGAGCAUACGUGGGCUGAUGCACCUGUUAUGGCACAUGUUUGGGAAAAUAUUGUCGCUGAAGAGGCAACCAAUCCACGAUAUGAUGAAAAUGGCAACACUGUCGGCAUACCGGAGUUUGAACCACCAACUCCCAAACGUUUGACGUGGGACCUGAACGACCGCGUAACGCAGGACGCUAUAGAAGAGGCGCACAUCGCUGCACAGAAGCUGUUGAACGAUGUCGAUUUGCGAAUUCUGGUACACGAUGCGUACGGUAAGGGAUUGAUGAAGACGUGUCGCCUUUCGCCGGAUGCCUUCAUUCAGAUGGCGCUCCAGCUGGCAUACUACCGUGAUGCGGGCAAAUUUUCGCUCACCUACGAAGCAUCCAUGACACGGUUGUUCCGCGAAGGUCGCACGGAAACGGUUCGUCCCUGCACCAUCGAGUCGGCCGCAUGGGUUAAAGCGAUGCUGGAUACGAACGUUUCGGUUGAAGAACGCGUGCGUUUGUUGAAUGCGGCCUGCGAACGGCACCAGCUUGGCUACCAAGACGCAAUGUGCGGCAAAGGAAUCGAUCGACAUCUGUUCUGUCUGUACGUGGUGUCCAAGUACCUGGAAAUCGACUCGCCCUUCCUGCAGGAGGUGUUGAGCGAACCGUGGAGAUUAUCUACUAGUCAAACGCCGCACGGCCAAACGUCCAAGAUGGACCUGAAGAAGCAUCCAAACUGCAUCAGUGCCGGUGGCGGCUUUGGCCCCGUCGCCGACGAUGGCUACGGUGUGUCGUACAUUGUGGCAGGCGAGGACCUUAUUUUCUUCCACAUAUCGUCCAAAAAAUCCUGCGGAACAACGAGCUCGGAAAGGUUUGCGCAAGAAAUUUGCCGCGCUUUGGGCGACAUGAAGCAUCUGUUCGAGGAGUACCGUAGCUUACAGAAGCAGAAGCAACCCACCGCCGCUGUUAAAUCCGACAAAGCAGAGGUCAAAUAGUGAUAGUGCGGGGUGGUGCCGUUUGAAGAUAAUCCCUCUGUUGCAACAUAUCGUGUAGAAAACCGUGCCGUGAACUUCUACGAACAGAAAUGGUUUCAACGACGCAAUUGCAGCGGAUCUACGAUCUACCUGAAGCAUUCAAUUCAUUUUCUUUAAUCGGAGCUUUUUCCCAUCGAUAUUUUACUCCGCAAACUGUUUUAUGUGUUAUUACCAAUGUUUAAAACAAGGUGAAGCUGUGCGGCGAUUAGAGACAAACCGUUGUCUAAGUUCUCGUCGAAUGGUACUGUAAAUGCUGAUGAUAUUGUCGGUAAAUACUAACGUAAUAGGUGAAGUGCAAUGCAAUAGAAACAUCAGUUUUCCAUCAGUAGGUAGAUAAAGCGAGGAAUGAAGAACAACUAUCGGGCAAAACAUUACACACUACUACGGCACAUCACACGCGGCACAGAGAAUCUGGCCGUGUUUCCUAGGAUAAGCGUGAUCAAGGCGAUCGAAAAAGAACUGCUGCUAACUAUGCAAUCAUCAAUGCAAUUGAAAGACACACAACAUCCAAACCACACAACACAGACACACAAACAUGUUACACGAGGCCGUCGUCACGGAGGACCACAGCCCAAGGUGACGGUCGCGGACACCUGUUUAUUUGUUUUCUUAUUUCGUUUUUCGUUAAAAGUAGUGAAGAAGUGUUUGUUGUAGAUAAUAUUAGACGGUUACACUCACACAAAAAGUAAACAAAAAAAACCUUAAUGUUAAUCGAGAUAUUGUGUAAGGCGAGAGUAAAGGAAGGAACUAGAAACUUUUCGGUGAGUGAAAGAUAGAAUGCGAAAGAUUCAGCCGGUGGUGUGUGUGUAACCCACUAAGACAAACAAACUGAAGCUAGCCACUUUUUAAGCUGUUUUACAACUUAGGAUACAACCAUAUUUUGGAAGAAUAAAUACACGUGCAUAAAUAAAAAUGAGUGUGUGAGAAUCAA